CCCCCGCGAGCUUGGGCGGGCAGAGCCAGGCAGAGCGGUGCGAGACACCGCACGGCCCAGACGCACCAUCCCCGCGCCCGCGCCGCGCCGAGCCGAGCCGAGUGCCGCGAGCGUCCAGCCGAGCCGUCGUCGAUCGGCUCGUGGUCCUGCGCGCCGAGAGGACGCCCAGCGUCGUGCGCGCAGACCCUCGUGUGUGAGUGCGUGUGUGUUUGUGAGCGAGGCUGGAGUUGGUACUCGUCGCCGGAGUCUCCCGGACCCGACAGGACCCCGCUGCCCGCCGGGACCGCCAACCGCCAGCCCGGGCGACGUAACCGGGUCCAAACUUUGGGCCGCGCGCCGCGCCACGCGACGCCGAGCGCAGCUUCCACACCUCUCCGCUGCUCCAAGAGUGCGCGCUGUGCGAGCUCUCCUCCUCCCCCGCUCACCGAAACUCUCUCCGCAUCGACCGUCGGGGGCCCGGCGAGAGCGGCGGUCCGGCCGUCGGCCGCGCGUCGCGUGAGGAGGAGCCAAAUUGAUUUCGAAAAGGCCGUCCAGGUGGCCGCCUCGCCAUGGCAACGCAGUACAUGACCGAGAGCCGCUACCCGCAGAUGCAGCUGCCCUCGGGCUUCAGUAUCGUGGUGGACGAUGUGGACGGUGACCGCGAGGACGAGCUGAUGGCCCUGGCGGACGCCCCGGGCGCUGUCGCCGAGGCCGCCGAGCUGGUGGAGGAGGCCCAGGAGGCGCUCGAGGCGCUGGUGCCGUGCGAGUGCGGCUCCUCCCACGAGAGGAGGGGCAGCAGGGACAGCCGGAGCGGCAGGGAGCCGAUCGACGCGCAGCUCUGCUCCGAGCGCAUCCGCCGAAUACAGGUGGAGGCCCAGAGCCGCAAGAACGAGUUCGCCAAACUGCUGGAGGAGCACGCUCAGGUGGUGCUACGCGUCAAACAGAUGGAGCAGCGGGAGCAGCAGCUGCAGCAUACCGAGGACCACCCGGCGAAGCAGGACCAGGCGCGAACGUCGAGAAACGACGGAGGGAUGUAGACUAUACCUUACGUUGACUAUGGUCGUCUUCAGAUCCAUUCCUCAUUUGGUGAUGGGUUGAGGCAGAACCCAUACUUAUAGCUCUUGAAUAUCGAGAAAAGGAAAAGAAAAUGCUCAGGAGCUCCCAAAGCUCUGCAACCAUAUGAUUGAUAAGUUGUACUCGUGGUAUGCAGUGACCCACUUUGAUCGCCUAAAGUACCAGCUUAAACGCAAUUAUUUCCAAGAUUAGACUACAAAAACAGUUCAUUUAUAGCAAAUUUAUUUUUUUGAAAAUUAGACAAGAGGUGUAAGUUUCCAAGUAGUCUGAAGAUAUGGGGGGGGAAAACGUUUAUUUAUGCUGUAAAUGUUAUUAAAGAAAUACAUUCUUUGCUGCAUAUGCAGUAAACUUUCAAGGUUUCAUACCUUUCUUUCGAGAUAUUAUUGGAUCAUAUUGUUGUGAUGUGAUGAGAUGAGCUGCUCCUUGAUUGUGCUUGAAAUGAGAUAGCUAAAGGUCCUUGUGAACAAAUUUGUGGAUUUCAGAAAUCAUUCCAUAAACCAAGUUGUUUGUUUCAGCUUCUUGAACUUAAAUGGUGAUAUCACAUAUUGUUUUCUUUGUGAGCUUCUUUCUAAAUUUUAAUGGUAAACUGUAGAUAGAUUUAUUAUUGAAUACUUAUUCAAAUGAGAAAGCGCAGUAAAAAUGUUUGAACUUAGAUCCUGAACAUUGGAAUGAUUCACCCCUAAAUCAGAACAGCCCUUCUGUGAAUUAACUUGUAUUGCUCUUGUUAUUCGUUUGUUUUGUUUUUUUAAAGAAAAAUAGCCUUUUUUUUAAAAGAAAUGUCCAUGGUGGAAGAAUUUCCUGUUUUCUAGAACUCCUAUGAACAAUCACAUUUUUUCAAGCUGGAGACAAAAUUAACUGCAGUCAUAUUUUUGAUUCAUGGGAAACUUUUGAUGACCUGUACUCUGUAAAACAAGUAUUGACAAUAAAUGUAGGAAAAGACAA